GCAUCUGCCACCGCAGUCCGGCUGCCGGCGUGGGCGCUGCUGGGUCCUAGCGGCGAGGCCCUAGAGAGACCGGGGAGGGAGAAGCCGGGUCGAGCCCGCCGCGCUCGGAGCCACCGUCGAGCACACAAAGGCGACCCCCCCACCCCGGGCGCGGCCCCGGAACGGCGGCGGCGGCCGGCGAGCGGCGCGGAGAAGCCCGGAGCGCCCUAUGCCCGCGCGCCCCGAGCGCCCCCGCCGCGGCUGCCCGAGCGCACGGAGAGCGCGCGCCCCCGCGGGGCCCGGCUGCAGCUAGCGCCCCUCGCGCCCCCCUCUCGGAGCGCGCGGCCCCAGGUGAGCGGUGGGCGGCGAGCGGGACGGCAGCGAGCCCAUCGCGGGCCCCCUCCUGGUGCCCGGGCCCGGCGCGCUCAUGGCGGCCAUCCGCAAGAAGCUGGUGGUGGUGGGCGACGGCGCGUGCGGCAAGACGUGCCUGCUGAUCGUCUUCAGUAAGGACGAGUUCCCCGAGGUGUACGUGCCCACCGUCUUCGAGAACUAUGUGGCCGACAUCGAGGUGGACGGCAAGCAGGUGGAGCUGGCCCUGUGGGACACGGCGGGCCAGGAGGACUACGACCGCCUGCGGCCGCUCUCCUACCCGGACACCGACGUGAUCCUCAUGUGCUUCUCGGUGGACAGCCCGGAUUCGCUUGAGAACAUCCCCGAGAAGUGGGUGCCCGAGGUGAAGCACUUCUGCCCCAACGUGCCCAUCAUCCUGGUGGCCAACAAGAAGGACCUGCGCAGCGACGAGCACGUCCGCACCGAGCUGGCCCGCAUGAAGCAGGAGCCCGUGCGCACGGACGACGGCCGCGCCAUGGCCGUGCGCAUCCAAGCCUACGACUACCUCGAGUGCUCGGCCAAGACCAAGGAGGGCGUGCGCGAGGUCUUCGAGACGGCCACGCGCGCCGCGCUGCAGAAGCGGUACGGCUCCCAGAACGGCUGCAUCAACUGCUGCAAGGUGCUAUGAGGGCUGCGCCCGCCGCCCCGCCUGCCCCAGCCGCGCGCCCGGAGAAGGGGGGGCCCCCCCAAGCCGCGCCUGCCUCCGAGCACCCCACCGGACUGCCUGGCGUCUGCCUGCCGGCGCGCCCACCGCGAUCUGGCGCCAGGAACCGGCGUGGGAGGCCCCCCGGGCGCGGCCCCCCUUGCAGUCUGUGCGUCCGGCUGUGUGGCACAGGCCCGGGGCGCCCCGCCGUGUGCCAAGGGUUCCUCCCCUCCCGAGCACCCCUUUCGGAAGAGCCAAGGCUCUUCGGAGCAGUGUGGUUGUGUGUCUGUUCGACCGUUUCUUUCCCCCUCCUCCCCGCCCCAACUCCACCCCCGCCCCGUUUCCACCCCACCCCCGCCGCCUCCGGUCCCCGGAGACUUAGCCGGGCGCCGGCCGCGCCCCAUCAGAUGCUCGCCCCGAAACAGCCAGCGCCUGCUACCCCUUCUCUGUAACAUAGACCGCGGGAACUGCGGGAGGGGAGGGCUGGGGAGUAAGGGGUGUUCUAUAAAUAUAGAUGAAAUUUUAUUUUCGGAGGCAGGACGGUGUUAUUUAAUAGUGGUGGGGGGCGGAGUGACAGGGCUUCUUAGAACAGCUCCGGCCCGGCCUGGGUCAGGCGCCCAUCCCAGCAUGAACACAACUUGGCCAUCUAUUCCAACCCCCCGGGGGAAGGCUCUUCGCCCCUGGCUCUCGGGGCUGAAGGGACACAGCUUCCAGCCCCGCCACCGUGGAGGGCCGGCCAGGCCCGCGACCCCCUCAGCCUCCAGGAGGGAGUGCGCGCCCUGGGUGGGUUUUUUUUUGCCAUAAGUGAAACCCUGUGCCUGUCCUACCAGUGAAAAUGGUUCAGUCCAAGAAACGGAUGCUGUUUGCUUUAUUUAAAGGCUGAAACUUUUUUUUUUUUUUGGAAAGACUUUGCACAAUUGUUUCAUUGUUUGACACUUAAUGCACUUGUCAUUUGCAUAAGACAGUAGCAUUCUGGCCACAUUUGUACGCUGUAACCUCAUCUACUUCUGAUGUUUUUAAAAUAAUGAUCAUGACUUUAAAAAAUGGAAAAAGAAACCACUAAUUGUUUUUGUUUUUGUUUGAUUGAAAACAGUGGCAACACGGUUUUGGCUAUUUUAUUUGUGCAGGUAUGUGCACUAUUUUGAUAAAGGGCAGUAACGAGUAUUAAGACAUAUUUAAAUUCUCCCCCCCUCCUUUUUUCCCCCUCCCCAAGGCAAUCUCUGUUCUGUGAAAUUUUCUCUGCAUCUCUGUACAGAGAACGAACCUGCCCGUCUCUUUCCCCGGCACCCUUCCCCGCCCAGUGGUACUUCUACUAAAUUGUCUGUUUUUUCAUUUUUUAAAUAAACUGACAAAUGGCAAAGUGGUGAAGCUUAUGAUGUUUACAUAAAAGUUCUAUAAGCUGUGUAUACAGUUUUUUAUGUAAAAUAUUAAAAGACUAUGAUGAUAACAUUUAUAA